AUGAGGGUCACGCGAGCUUGCUACUCGGCCACACUGGGCAGUAGCCCCAUCCCCCAGGCAAAGCUGAAGUUUGUUCCCAAUUCAGGAACCUAUCCCAAAGGCUUCAAUGUGUCCGGCGUCUUUGUCGGGGUGAAGCCGGGAAAUACUAGCAAGCCUGAUCUCGCCCUCCUCACCUCGGACCGGUCCUGCGCAGGUGCAGCCGUGUUUACCAAGAACAAGUUCCAGGCUGCUCCCGUCACAUUCAGUCGAAAGUUGCUGCAGACCAAGGCCAAUGCUGGAAUCCGCAGUGUCAUUAUCAAUUCUGGAAAUGCCAACGCCGUUACCGGCGCCGGAGGUCUGGAGGAUGCGGCAAACAUGGCUAAGACGACGGACCAGCGAGUGGGCAGUGAGGAUUCGACCAUCGUAAUGAGUACUGGUGUCAUUGGACAGAGGUUGCCCAUCCAAAAAAUCGUGGAUCACAUCCCCAUGGCAUACCACCAUGCUGGAGACUCACACAAACAUUGGAUGAACUUUGCCAAAGCCAUCUGCACCACCGACACAUUCCCUAAGCUGAUUUCCCGAAAAUUUACUCUGCCCUCCUCUCCCAGCAUUGAGUAUAGUAUCGCUGGAAUCACGAAGGGUGCGGGUAUGAUUGCGCCCAACAUGGCCACCCUCUUGACUGUUCUCGCAACAGACGCCCCGAUCGCGCCCAGUGUCAUGCCGGCCGUCCUCAAGCAUGCCGUGGAUCGCUCUUUCAACUCUAUCACUAUUGACGGAGAUGCAUCCACCAACGACACCGCCGCUUUACUGGCAAACGGUGCUGCAGGUGGUGUCGAGGUCUCUUCCCAGGACUCGGCCGACUACGAGACUUUCAAGGAGCUCCUAACCGAAUUCUCCGCUGAUUUAGCCAAGUACAUUGUCCGUGAUGGCGAGGGCGCCACCAAGUUCGUUACUAUCCGUGUUGUCGACGCCGCCACUGAGGAGGCAGCUCGUGAGAUCGCCCGAUCCAUCGCCCGCUCACCGCUGGUCAAGACUGCGCUGUACGGCAAAGAUGCCAACUGGGGACGUAUUCUCUGCGCUGCGGGGUAUGCCCUCAUCUCUCCCCCCGGACAGCCCAUCAAUGAUGUGCCCGAGAUUGUUCCCGAGAAGACCAAUGUCUCCUUUAUCCCCGCUGAUGGCUCGGCUGAGCUGAAGCUUCUUGUAGACGGCGAGCCAGAGCAGGUGGACGAGGAGCGGGCGAGUGAGAUCUUGGAGAUGGAGGACCUGGAGAUCGUGGUCAGGCUGGGCACAGGAGACAAGAGCACUGUUCACUGGACCUGCGAUUUCAGCCACGACUAUGUGACCAUCAACGGCGACUACAGGACAUAG